AUGGCGGCAUAUCUACAAGAAACCAUGAACCAAACAAUUUCAGUCAUUACCAAUGAUGGUCGAAACAUCAUUGGCGUGCUCAAAGGCUACGAUCAGUGUGUCAACCUGAUUCUAGACGAUAGUUUCGAGCGUGUUUUUUCGCUGAAGGAGCCGGUGGAGGCAGUGGAGCUUGGACUGUACAUUGUGCGUGGCGAUAACAUAUCUGUCAUCGGAGGAGCUCCCGAGAAUAUUCGAGAACAAGUUCUUGACGACCAGACGCGAGCAGCGCCGUUAAAACCACUCGUUCACUAA